AUGAGUUCCUCUAUUUCGUGGGACUUUAUAGUCGUCGGGAGCGGUCCCGCGGGUUGUGCUAUAGCUUCGAGACUUGCACGAUCUGCUGCACGGCCUCAAGUGCUACUACUCGAAGCCGGUAAUCGGAGGGACGAGAAGGCCUUGCGUGUGGACGGAAAACGAUGGAUGAGCUUCCGGCAAAGCGACACAAACUGGGGGUACAAGACUAUCCCCCAGGAGCACUGCAACGACCGAGAAAUCGACUUCUCACGAGGCAAGGUGCUCGGAGGGAGUAGUGCGAUUAAUUUUGGCGUGUAUACGGUAGGCGCGCAAGACGACUAUGACGAAUGGGCGGCGUUGGUUGAAGAUGAUGCGUUUCGGUGGGAAAAGAUCCAGGAGCGGUUUAAGAGUCUGGAGACCUUCCAUCGAGGUGUUCCUGAUCCCAGAUAUGCUCAUCUCGCGGAUCCUAAGGAAUCCGACCACGGUAAGGAUGGUGCGCUACGGCUGGGGUAUGCGGGAGAAUGGGAACCGGACCUCCCCUUGGUUUUGGAGGCUCUGAACGAGGCUGGACUGCCAUUGAACUUGGACCACAACUCGGGCAACCCGAUUGGAAUGGCAGUGGGUAUUAAUUCAGCCUAUUCGGGUGUUAGAACGACUGCCGCUGAUCUGUUGCGGGAUGCACCCGAGAAUCUUACCAUUAUUCCUGCAUCGCCAGUGCAACGAGUGAUUCUGGAUGGGAAAAUAGCGGUUGGUGUGGAAUCAAAUGGAUUGCAGUAUCUCGCGUCAAAGGACGUCAUUAUCUCUGCGGGUUCACUGGACUCGCCUAAGAUCCUAAUGCACUCAGGCAUCGGACCAGCAGAUCAACUCGAGAAAUUCAAUAUCCCCGUAGUCAAGGACAUACGCGCAAUCGGCCACGGCAUGCGCGACCACCCAUUUGUCCCCCUCUGCUUCCUCCGAAAUCCCGAAACAAACGACCGCAACAGCUUCUUCGGCAAGCAGGAGGCCAUGGACGCAGCCAUGGAACAGUGGAUGAUUGACGGCACGGGCCCUUGGGCACGCUACGCCAGUCAGAUUCUAAUGGGAUGGUUCAAGAGCGAUCGAAUUACACAGUCGGCGGAGUUCAAGGCCCUCCCCGCAUCGACGCAGGAGUUUCUCAACCGCCCGACUGUGCCUCAUUAUGAACUGGCAUCGCACUUUCCCAUCCACAUGCUCGUGCCCGAAUUAACGCAGGACUACAGCUAUGUCUGUUUCGCUUUUUUUUUGAUGAACCAGCAAUCUAAAGGGGAAGUGCGUCUGCAGUCCUCUGACCCGAACGAGCCUCUUCUGUUUAACGCCAAUUUCCUCGCUCAUCCGUAUGAUCGCCGAGUGUGCAUUGAGGCGGCCCGAGAGUUACUGCGUGUAACAAAUCACGAAGCAUUCAAGAAAGAUACGGUGUCGAUGAUUCUCGGCCCCGCUUCGGAAUCCGACGAGGAUAUUCUCGAGUUCUGUAAGAAUUUGGUGGGAUCCGCGUGGCAUAUGACCGGUACAGUGAAGAUGGGCAAGCCAGGCCAAGCUGACGCCGCGGUUGACAGCAAGUUCCGGGUCUGUGGUGUUGAAAACCUGCGUGUUGCAGAUAUGAGCGUCGUUCCAGUUAUGACAAAUAACCAUACUCAGGCGACAGCUUAUGUGACUGGAGCGUCGUGCGCGGAUAUUUUGAUUGCCGAGUAUGGGCUUGAUAGAGCAUGA